CAGCUGGAAGAAAAAAUAGUCGCUUAUUCCUCUAUUGCUGCAAAAAAUGCAGAACUGGAACAGGAGCUUAUGUGUUUUGUAUUUCUAGGAAAAGAAUGAAAAGAUAAGAAGUCUAGAAACCAAUAUCAAUACAGAGCAUGAGAAAAUUUGUUUAGCCUUUGAAAAAGCAAAGAAAAUUCAUCUUGAACAGCAUAAAGAAAUGGAAAAACAGAUUGAAAGACUUGAAGCUGAACUAGAGAAAAAAGACCAACAGUUUAAAGAACAAGAAAAGACUAUGUCCAUGUUGCAACAAGAUAUAAUAUGUAAACAACAUCAUCUUGAAUCACUGGAUAGACUCUUGACGGAAAGCAAAAGGGAAAUGGAAAAGGAAAAUAUGAAGAAAGAUGAGGCUUUGAAAGCAUUACAGAACCAAGUAUCUGAAGAAACAAUCAAGGUCAGACAACUAGAUUCAGCAUUGGAAAUCUGUAAGGAAGAACUUGCCUUGCAUUUGAGUCAAUUGGAAGGAAAUAAGGAAAAGUUUGAGAAACAGCUAAAGAAGAAAUCUGAAGAGGUAUAUUGUUUACAGAAAGAGCUAAAGAUUAAAAACCACAGUUUUCAAGAGACCAGUGAGCAAAAUGUCAUUCUACAGCAUACUCUUCAGCAACAGCAGCAGAUGUUACAACAAGAGACAAUUAGAAAUGGAGAGCUAGAAGAUACUCAAACUAAACUUGAAAAACAGGUAUCAAAACUGGAACAAGAGCUUCAAAAACAAAGGGAAAGUUCAGCUGAAAAGUUGAGAAAAAUGGAGGAGAAAUGUGAAGCAGCCACACAUGAAGCAGACUUGAAAAGGCAAAAAGUUGUUGAGCUUAGUGGUACUGCCAGGCAAGUAAAACUUGAGAUGGAUCAGUACAAAGAAGAGCUGUCUAAAAUGGAAAAAGAAAUAAUGCACCUAAAACGAGAUGGAGAAAAUAAAGCAAUGCAUCUCUCUCAAUUAGAUAUGAUCUUAGAUCAGACACGGACAGAACUAGAAAAAAAAACAAAUGCUGUGAAGGAGUUAGAAAAGUUACAGCACCACAAUGAAACUGAACUAACAGAAGCCUUACAGAAACGGGAGGCAUUAGAGACUGAACUACAAAAUGCUCAUGGAGAAUUAAAAAGUACUUUAAGACAACUUCAGGAAUUGAGAGAUGUAUUACAGAAGGCUCAGUUAUCAUUAGAGGAAAAAUACACUACUAUAAAGGAUCUCACAGCUGAACUUAGAGAAUGCAAGAUGGAGAUUGAAGACAAAAAGCAAGAACUCCUUGAAAUGGAUCAAGCACUUAAGGAGAGGAAUUGGGAGCUAAAGCAAAGAGCAGCUCAGGUUACACAUUUGGAUAUGACUAUUCGUGAGCACAGAGGAGAAAUGGAACAAAAAAUAAUUAAAUUAGAGGGUACUCUGGAGAAAUCAGAACUGGAGAUUAAAGAAUGUAACAAACAGAUAGAAAGUUUGAAUGAAAAAUUGCAAAAUGCCAAAGAACAGCUUCGAGAAAAAGAGUUUAUAGUGCUACAAAAUGAACAGGAGAUAAGUCAACUGAAGAAAGAAACUGAAAGAACACAACAAAGGAUGAAAGAAAUGGAAAGUGUUUUGAAAGAGCAGGAACAGUACAUUGCCACUCAGUACAAAGAGGCCAUAGAUUUGGGUCAAGAAUUGAGGGUGACCCAGGAGCAGAUGCAGAACUCUCGUACAGAGUUGGUGGAGGCUCAUCGUCAACAAGUUCAAGCACAGAGAGAAAUAGAAAGGCUCUCCAGUGAACUGGAGGAUAUAAAGCAGCUCUCUAAAGAGAAAGAAGCUCGUGGAAACCAUUUAGCUGAAGAACUGGGAGCUUCUCAAGUACGUGAAGCUCAUUUAGAAGCAAGAAUGCAAGCAGAAAUCAAGAAAUUGUCCGCGGAAGUAGAAUCUCUCAAAGAAGCUUAUCACAUGGAGAUGAUUUCACAUCAAGAGAACCAUGCAAAGUGGAAGAUUUCUGCUGACUCUCAAAAGACUUCUGUUCAGCAACUAAAUGAACAGUUAGAGAAGGCAAAACUGGAAUUAGAAGAAGCUCAGGAUACUGUAAGCAAUUUACAUCAACAAGUCCAAGACAGGAAUGAGGUAAUUGAAGCUGCAAAUGAAGCAUUACUUAUUAAAGAAUCAGAAUUAACUAGAUUACAAGCCAAGUUUUCUGGACAUGAAAGGGCAGAAGACAUCAAGUUUCUACCAGCCUCAUUAGUACCUCCAACAGCAAUUCCAUCUGAUAGUCAAGAUCCAAAGUUUGUUGAACAUUCUCACACACCUUCUUUCAAAUGCAGAAAACUGCGUCGCUCUAUUAGUGCCAGUGACCUUAGUUUCAAAACUCAUGGUGAGGAAGAUCUUUCUGAAGAAUUACUACAGGACUUAAAGAAAAUGCAAUUAGGACAGUCUUCAACAUUAGAAGAAAGCCAUAAGGAUCUGACUUCUACCCAGUCAGAUUCGUUUAAACCUCUCACAUAUAACCUAGAAGAUGAUAGUUCUGAGUGUAAUGACUUUAGUACUCUUAGUGGAAUGUUAAGAUACAUAAACAAAGAAGUAAGACUAUUAAAAAAGUCUUCUAUGCAAACAGGUGCUGGUUUAACUCAGGGCUGGAAUUGCUUGCAACCUAACUUCAACCAUGCAGAUGAGGAAAAUGCCAGAGGGUAUGGUGGAAAACACAAAAGGAACCUGGGUGCCUACAUGACCUGGAGUACUCUCCUUGGAUUAUUACAUGAGUGAGAAAUAAACUUUUGUCUUUUUUAAACCUC